GCAUUUUUGGUCCCUAACCGCAAAAUCGCAAAAACAUCAAAAAAGAGACAGUGAAUUGUUGUUUGUGGUUAUUAUUUUUUGUUUCUGGUCUAAAUCGCCAUAACAUACAACUUUUCUCGAAAUCAAAUCUUGGAUACAGGAGCUACAUCGUACCGUCCAGUUACCUAUGGUACUUACACUUGGCUUAUCUGGGCACACAACCAGCUAACUUGAACGGAACAUAACAUUUCCGAUGUCAACUAUUGUGUUAUUUGUGGAUGUUUAUUUUACUUGAAUGAUAAAGAACUUAACAAUCAAUUGACCGGAAGCGACAUGGCAUCUAAAAUGGAUUUCGAUGUAAAACUGAUAGACAUGGUGCGAGCAAAUCCACUGCUUUAUGAGAAGGAAGUUCGUAGCUCGCCGUAUGAUCUCAUGAAAAGGAAAAAUGAACUUUGGCGUAGUAUAGCUUCCUCUCUAGAAGUUGAAACCAAGUACUGUGUAAUUCGAUGGAAAAACCUUAGAGACAAAUUUCGUCGCGAGCUGCAGAGAUCAAUAGAGAUGGAGCGCAAAGCAGGCGGCGCCAAGAGCGCAAGGGGAUCUACUUGGCAUUUAAUGGGAAAAAUGAGUUUUCUUGAAAGCCAUAUUAGGCUACACAACUCACACAGCACAAAAAGUCCAGCAAACAACUCACGUUUCACGUGGACUGAAAUGGACGCAGAACAGCUUAUUGAGCAAGUUAUAAAUGAAGAUGAUCCUUUGCAAGAAGCUAUGGAAGAGCAAACCACCACUGUUGAUACAAAAACCUCGGACAAUGCAGUGAACACUCCAACACCUACAACUUCGUUUAUGAAACGCAUCGAAACUUUGCUCGAGGGUUUAGAUGCUGCUAAUCGCAACAAGGCUGAAAAGCGCAUUGUAGCGUAUCUUUGCAAAUGCCAACUGAAAUCGUUGGAUAAUGAGAAUAUUGAUGAUAUUGUAAUAUAGAUGUGUAUAUGUACGUAAUUUAUUUUAUGGCAUUUCCUUUUUGUACUCAGUAUCUCAAUUUAUACAUACAAUCAUGUAUAAAACGAAUAGUAGACAUAAUUUGUAUGUUUAAGAAAAAAUGAUGUACACAAAAUUUAAGUUUUAGUGAACAUUAAUAUUACGUGUUUUUAGUAAUAAGCUUCAAGAAAUUAUUAUUUUAUUAUUGCCUC